ACAGAGAGAGGAAAUCAAUGCGAAAUAAUCUUGAACGGUGUCUUCGUACUUAAUAGUGAUAAAAUAGUGAUAAAAACCAAGGUAGAAGACAGCGAGGCAGAAAAGCAAAGGCCCAGUUUUUUGUAUAAAUGGCUAUAUCUCUAUCUCUGUAUGCCUGUGUGGGGUGAGAGUUUUUUAUGCCAGAUCUCACUCUCUCUCUCUUGCAUGAGACAGAUCUCCCAAACCCAUCUACCUAGUUUCAAUUCUGGAACAGCUGGAACAGAUUUUGGGGAGAACACAUUAAGUGUUUUCAAUUUGUCUGAACAUAAAUAAAUAUCACAACCCCGAAGUUCAUACCCAGAAAGAAGGUACUAGUCUCUCUCUCUCUCUCUCUCUCUCUCUCUCUCUCUCUCGUUUUCUGAGCUGUAACAUUCUUUGCCAAGUUUUUAUUUUUCGCCAUUUGGGUUUUCUUUAAUUUUGUGCAGCAGAUCUGUUUUUGGACAAUGGGAUCCUUUCUUUUCUGUUUUGUGAUCUUAUUUUCAGCUGAUUGUUGUUACUGAACACAAGAUUUGGGUGUUCCCAAAUGGUUCUCCUAAGAAAAAUUGAAUCCCCUUCAUUUCUGUAUCCAAUUCCUAAGGUGUCAUUUUCUUUUAAUACAUCCACAUGGUGUAUACAUAUAAAGAGAAUCCUUUGCUUAAUUUCUUAGAUUUCAUCAUCCUUCUCAGAACUAUAUGCAAUUAUUUGGUGGGUAUGUUUUGGAGCUAUGUGCUUUUGGCUUCUGUUGGAUUGUUUCGGUGUGGAUUCUUCAGAAGAAAAACGAAAACACUGAACGGUUGGAAUCAACUGUCAAGUAAUACAAUGGUUUAUGAAAUUAUGAUGUCCUUAGCGGAAGGAGUUCUGUAGGGGAUAGAGAGCAGCUUGAGCAUUGUAAUCUUUAUUAUGCACAAAACCAAAGUCAUUGGCCCUGAGUAAAUUCUCCCAAUAAUUUACCACCUAACGGAUUUCAAGUUUGAAACUUUCUAGGUGCUAUCAAUUCUGGUGAUUCUGUGGAUAGUCCAUACAGGAACAAAUGGUAGUCCGUACGAGACUUUGUUCUGAUUUUAAGAAGCGCCGCUAGUGGGCGGUCUCAGGAAUUAGUCAAGUGACACUGAAGUUGCCAUAAAAGCAUUGUUUUAAGAUAUAAUGAGUUUUUAAUUCCUUCAAUGUUGAUGUGCCGUGUACGCAGGCUGCCAAUCUGUGUAGAUCUUGUAUCCUCGUGUUGGUGUGAUUGUUUUUUGCUUUUUUCUAUUGGAUUCUCAAUAUCAUAUUAUCUUCACACUGGAAAUAUAGAGAGUCUACCUGGAUGUAUAUAUACUUUUAUGUAUAUCUAAUGCUUUCUGCUCCAUGUGCUUUUGGCUUUUGCAUGGUUUGGUGACUGUUGAUUGGUUCAUUUUUCUUGCAACUUUUCCUGAUUUGGUGGGUGUGAGGGCCCCUCCUCAAUUGGGGUGACUUGGUUCAUUGGGGUGGGGCCCACUAUCAUGUGGGAAGGUAUAAAGGUUUAAGUGACAUGGAAAGGGGAGCAUGUCGGCAGUUGCUUUCAGAUUUUUUUCUAGUUUUUACAAGUUUUUCAAAGUCAUUUUACUGGUGGGUUUUGACCAUUAGAUCUGCAGUAAACCCCUUGUUUAAGUUGUUUUUGUUUUGACUUUGAUUGUUGCUUCUGGCUUAAUUUGCUUUCCCUUCUGUUUUCCUUUGCGUUUAGUGGAAUCAUAUACUCUUUGUCAACUGAUCCAUCUACAAACCACUCUUUUUCAUUAGUUGUGAUGCCGAUCUGGGAUUUUGCAAUUUGUGCAUCCUUGUGUUUUCCAUCAAUUGCUGAGGGGUUUUGAUUAAAAAGUAAUCAGUUCUUCAGCAGUUCAGCUAUAUAAUGAUCUAAAGUUCUUGCAUUGUUGUUAGAUUAUCUUUAAGAUUGUUGCUUGGUUCUGAGACAAUGAAGCACAAAGAUGGAAAGCCAUUUUCACACCCAGAUAAAAGUUCCAGGGUAGUCACCAUGGCGAUUCUGCUUGUUUUGCUAUGCGGGUUUUCAUUCUAUCUCGGUGGCAUAUUCUGUUCUGAGAAGGAUGGCUAUGUUUCUAAAGACAUUGCUGAAGAUGCUGAAUCUCAAUCUGAAAUCAAUGCUGGCUCUGGCCAUAUCCAAAUUAAGCCUAUUUCCUUCCCUGAGUGCAGCUCUGACUAUCAAGAUUACACUCCAUGCACUGAUCCAAAGAGGUGGAAGAAGUAUAGUGUUCAUCGGCUAUCUUUCUUGGAACGCCAUUGUCCUCCUGUAUUCGAGAAAAAGGAAUGCUUGGUUCCCCCACCAGAUGGGUACCAGACGCCAAUCAAAUGGCCGAAGAGUAGGGAUGAAUGUUGGUACAGGAAUGUUCCUUAUGAUUGGAUCAACAAGCAGAAGUCUAACCAGCACUGGCUGCGAAAAGAAGGGGAGAAAUUCCGUUUCCCUGGUGGGGGUACUAUGUUCCCCAAUGGUGUUAGUGCCUACGUUGAUUUGAUGCGAGAUCUGAUCCCAGAAAUGCACGAUGGGACCAUUCGAACUGCCAUCGAUACUGGAUGUGGGGUUGCUAGCUGGGGAGGUGAUCUACUAGAUCGUGGAAUUCUAACAGUCUCCCUUGCUCCAAGAGAUAAUCACGAGGCUCAAGUUCAAUUUGCUCUGGAACGUGGAAUUCCUGCAAUUCUGGGCAUCAUUUCUACUCAGAGGCUUCCGUUCCCGUCAAACUCAUUCGAUAUGGCUCAUUGCUCAAGGUGUCUUAUCCCAUGGACAGAAUUUGGUGGGAUCUACCUUCUAGAAAUACACCGCAUACUCCGUCCUGGAGGCUUCUGGAUUCUAUCCGGUCCUCCUGUGAACUAUGAAAACCGUUGGAGAGGCUGGAACACAACCAUUGAAGACCAGAAAUCCGACUACGAAAAGUUGCAGGAUUUGCUUACUUCAAUGUGCUUCACAUUGUACAACAAAAAGGAUGACAUCGCCGUGUGGCAAAAAUCAAAAGACAACACUUGCUAUUCUAAGCUCGCCAUCCCAGAUGCCUACCCACCCAAGUGUGACGAUGGCACAGAGCCGGAUUCGGCAUGGUACACUCCACUCCGUCCUUGUGUUGUCAUUCCAAACCCUAAGCUCAAGAAAGACCUGAAAUCCCUUCCCAAAUGGCCCGAACGAUUGCAUGUAGGGCCCGAACGGGUGGCUGAUAUCCGUGGUGGCAGUGUUGGUUCCUUCAGGCGCGAUAAUAGUAUGUGGAAGGUGCGAGCGAAGCACUAUAAGAAAUUGGUACAGGCAAUUGGGAGCGAUAAGAUAAGAAAUGUGAUGGACAUGAAUACACUUUACGGUGGUUUUGCUGCGGCUUUGAUUGGUGAUCCCCUUUGGGUGAUGAAUGUCGUAUCUUCCUAUGCUUCUAAUACACUUGCUGUUGUGUAUGACAGGGGACUCAUUGGAACCUAUCAUGACUGGUGUGAGGCUUUCUCAACGUAUCCUCGAACAUAUGAUCUCCUCCAUCUUGAUGGUCUUUUUACUGCUGAAAGCCAUAGGUGUGAGAUGAAGUAUGUGCUCUUGGAGAUGGAUAGGAUCCUGAGGCCAAAAGGGUACGCGAUAAUCCGAGAAUCCAACUAUUAUGUGGAUGCGGUCGUUGUCAUUGCCAAAGGGCUGAGAUGGGGAUGCCGUAAAGAAGACGCCGAGAAAGGAUUUGAAAAGGAGAAAAUCCUAAUUUGUCAGAAGAAACUCUGGUAUUCCUCUAACCGGAACUCCAGAUGAUAAACAAGGCUAUACAAAUUCUGGUGAUAAAACUUUAUGAGGUUGGAUAUAUUCAUUCAACCAGGCAUAGAAAGAGAAGUUACCAUUUACAGGGAAAUUAAUUUAUUCGUUUAAGUAUUCUUAAUAUCCAAAGUAUUAUUUUUUAAAAUUAGGUGCCCAAUAAUCUAUUCCCCUUAAUUUCUUGUACUUCGGGUAUAGCAUAGUACGUGUAGAUGAACGAGGGGAGCUAUGCUCUUCUUUUAGUUUGUGUGUCCCCCUUUUCUUUCUUUGUAAAACUUAGUGUGAAAUAUGUGAAUGUGUUGAAAAAUUCGCACUUCACAGCUUUUGAUUUUAGUGUAUGUAAUGGAAUUAGCUUUCCCGACUUGUUGCA